GAGGGUUUCUACAAGGACACUGGCAACUGGUAUAUUUGCUGGGAGUGCUGGGCCGUGAUGACCAGGAUCUGCAGGUUCCGGAGCCAGGCCUGCGCCGCACAGAGGCAGCUGGCUGAUAUUGUUGACGGACGGGUUGACCUAAAAUUCUUUAACAUCUGCCUCUCCAGACUAUCAACCGUACACAAAACAUCUUAUGAUGAUACUAUUUUGACCGAUUCUGAUCAUGAACUCUUAGAAAACUUCAUUGACUGCGGCCCAGACAUCAAGACUGAAAGUGAUGAAGACAUUCCUCUAUCUGAAUUUAAUAACACCUCUUUGCUCGAUGACAGAGAAUAUUCUGACACUGGCAGUCAAGAAAAAACAGUGCAACCUGUGUACAAGAAAAGGAAAAAGAACCCUGACAGCUCUAAAAAGAAGUCAAACAAAAACAGUUGCAAGGUUGAUAGCGAUAAGAUAUGUUUUAUAACAACAGAAAUGAGCAUAGAAGAAAUGCUGGAGAGUAGAGAGAAAAGAAAGAUGGCGUUGUGUGCGAAUGCGCCAUACAAAUGUGAGUCGUGUAUUGAGGUGUAUAAGAGUCAAAUUGAUUUGGAUAAGCAUUUUUCAGAAUUUCAUACUGAGAAAGGCACACAUACUCGAUGCGAUAUAUGCAUGUCAUACAUGCCAACUACAGCGCUACCAGCUCAUAGAAAUGCACACUACCUCAAAUAUACAUGUGUACUGUGCGACAUAACAGCAUACAGUUCCUUGGAUAUGGUGGACCAUUUGAAAAGUAUCCAUUCUGUGAAUGCGACUGUUGUGAAGAAAAAUAAGGAUGAGAAGGCACGCGUGCCCAACCCGGGCUCGAAGCCGCGACGGAAGGCGGCCAUGAUGGACAAGCGCACGCCGCUCGGAUACCAGUGCGCUGAGUGCGACAAGUACUUUGAGAACAAGAACCAAAGAUGGAAACACGUCCAGCGUAGCCAUAGAGAAGGCUACAAGUGUUCGGUGUGCAGCAAGCGAUUCGCGUUCAAGAACAACCUCACUAGACACGAACAGAUGCACAAAGGCCCGCCUCCUAGACAGGAGUGCCCGCAGUGCCACAAACAAGUGCGCGUAGACCUUAUCAAGGUGCACGCCCGGAUACACACAGCCAGGCAGGGCUUUGUGUGCGUGGAGUGCGACAAAAGGUUUGCGAGUCGAGCGUCUUACGAACAUCAUUUAAAGUACACCCAAGUGCAUGCUCCACAGUUGCUGUUAAAGUAUAAAUGUGCGACGUGCGAUAAAGGUUACCGGUCACGCGGCGAGUUGCGUGACCACGUCAAUUAUAAGCACAUGGGCAGGACGCAGCACAAGUGUCCCAUUUGCGGGAAGGCGCUGGCGACACGUCGCUGCGUUGGACGUCACGUGCGACGCGCACACGAAGGCGUUCGAGAAAGCGCGCGGGACAAAGUCUGUCAACAGUGCGGGAAGACUUUCCGGGACAAGAAAGGUCUCCGAGAACACGAAUUCAUCCACACAGGCGAGCGUCCGCUAGCGUGCGAGAUAUGUGGAUGCACCUUUAGGCAGAGCGCGUCUCUAUACACGCAUCGCAAGCGAGUCCACAAAAUAUUCCCGCAAAAGAAAAACGUUGAGUUGCUUGAACCAGAGAAAUGCAGCUGAAAUAACGGUAAUGUUCAAUAACGCGUUAUAACGCACGUUAUGAAUACUCUAAGAAGAAAAACGUUGAGUUGCUUGAACCAGAGAAAUGCUGCUAAAAUAACGGUAAUGUUAAAUAACGCGUUAUAACGCACGUUAUGGAUACUCUAAGAAGAAAGUCGUAAGAGUUGCUUGAACCAGAGAAAUGCAGCUAAAAUAACGAUAAUGUUCAAUAACGCGUUAUAACGCACGUUAUGGAUACUCUAAGAAGAAAGUCGUAAGAGUUGCUUGAACCAGAGAAAUGCAGCUAAAAUAACACGUUAUAACGCACGUUAUGGAUACUCUAAGAAAAAAGAUGUAAGAGUUGCUUGAUCCAGAGAAAUGCAGCUAAAAUAACGAUAAUGUUCAAUAACGCGUUAUAACGCACGUUAUGAAUACUCUUAAGAAGAAAGACGUAAGAGUUGCUUGAACCAGAGAAAUGCAGCUAAAAUAACAGUAUUGAGAAAUAACGCGUUAUAACGCACGUUAUGGACACUCUAAGAAGAAAGACGUAAGAGUUGCUUGAAC